AUGAAGAUCCUCGAGUCCCAGUCCGCUGUCCUAUCCAAUUACGAGGUCUACCAGCACCUCACAGAUCAGCGUGAUCGCUACAAGCAGAAGAAGCACCGCGGGCCCCCAAACCUCGAGACGGUUGUUCGAGAGAUGCUGCAGUACCUGCGGACUGCACCCAGUCCCUUGAGUCAGAAGCCCUUGACCUACACCCCAGAGGCUAUUGCCCAAAUUAUUGAGAACCUAAGUCCGUAUGAACUGUCAAAGGGUGAGAUGGUGAUGAUUUUAAACCUGCGCCCAGCCUCCAUUGCUGCUCUCAACACCAUUAUUGAGGACAUGCCCGAGCGUUACUCGGACGAGCAACAAGAAGAAAUGGUUGGCAUUAUAGCCGGUGUGCUCGGUCGGUUCGAGGUGGCCGAGGUCCAAGGCAAUGGGGAUGCGGGCGAAGGUGGUGAUGUGAGUAUGAAUGAUACCGAAGCCGUUUGA